AUGCCUCAAAUCAAUAAUGAAACACUACCGCCAACAAGCAAGAAAACAACAUCAUCUACUGCUACUGCUGCAACAACGACAGCAAAACCAAAAGCCAAUCCAGGAAAACUUUCACAACAACAUAAAUCACCACCUAGAAAGAUCCGAAAACCAAUCUAUGAAGGAGAAACAGAAGAAACAAUAGAUCCAAGUCAAAUCUUAACAGAUCAAGCUGGAAAAUUUAUUUAUCUUACACGUGGUUGUUUAUUAGGUGAAGGUGGAUUUGCAAGAGUUUAUGCAAUGAGAGAUGAAACAACAAAACAAUUAGGUGCAUUGAAGGUUGUCAGUAAAAAUCAAUUGAAGAGUUCAAAGAAUAAAUCAAAACUUUAUGCUGAGAUUAAAUUACAUCGAGCAAUGAAUCAUCCUCAUAUCGUUAAAUUUCAUUCUUGUUUUGAGGAUCAACAAAACGUUUAUCUUCAAAUGGAAUUAUGUGAACACGGUUCACUGCUUGACUUACUCAGGCUUCGAAAAUCAUACAGUGAACCUGAAGCGCGAUUACUCAUGUUUCAACUCAUCUCAGCCUGUGUUUACAUGCACGCCUCCUCUGUAAUUCAUCGUGAUCUGAAGCCUGGAAACUUGUUCUUUGCAUCCGAAAAUUCGUCUCUCUACGGUCAAGAUGGUCACGAUGAACCUGAUCAUGAACAAGGCUUAGCAGUCAAAGUUGGUGAUUUUGGUUUGGCUGCAUUGGUCAAAUUUAAAGGAGAUCGAAGGAAAACUAUCUGUGGAACACCUAAUUAUAUCGCGCCUGAGAUUCUCUUUGAUCAGACUAAUGGUCAUUCUUUUGAGGUAGAUAUUUGGAGUGUCGGUGUAAUCUUGUAUGCAUUAUUGAUCGGCAAACCGCCUUUUUACACAAAGGACGUCAAUCAAAUUUAUCGAAAUAUCAAAGCUAAUGCAUACGCCUUCCCAAGUCCAUCUCCCAUCUCUGCUUCCGCGACAGCGCUCAUUUCUCAAAUCUUGAAUCAAAACCCAAACGAACGACCUUCCUUACACGCAGUUGUCUUUCAUCCUUGGUUCUCAGACGGACCAUUUCCAUUUAUGAUUCCGAUGAGCGCAUUAGAGUUUUGUCCGGAUUUUUCUAAUUUAACGGAACUUCAAUCACGUCGAUUUAGAAAUGAUUAUAUACGUAAAUUAGAUUUAGAUUCAGUUUUACAAGAUGAAGCAGCUGCAAAUGCCAACUUAUCACGCAGUCAGCGUACAUUAGUGGGUAGUGUUGAAGAAGAACCAGAAGAGGAAGAGAACCAAAUUGAAGAUCGCAGAUUAGAUGGAAUUGUAGAAGAGGAAGAAGAUGAAGAGAUGAAAGCUGUAUCGAAGAAGAUGUCAAAGGCUAAAUUAACUUCGGAGAUUCCUGUUGAUCCAACACAACCUACUAAAUCUAAGAGAGCACUUGCAGCAUCAGCCUCAAGGAGUGAUCGACCUCAUCAACAGAAGAGAGUUGUUUCGUCAACUGCUGUGAGUGUUACACUGUCUGAUCCGGUUAAAGCUUCGAAAGAAAGAAGACGAGUCGAACGUGAAGCACAAAGCGCACUCAAUCCUGGUAGUCCAAUCUCUGAAUUACUCAAGAGUGCUCGUAAACCGCUCUACGUGUCACCACGUCAUAAUCAACCGAAUACGUUUUCAAACAAUGGAGUUGCUGAAGGAGGAACCCAAUUAUUUCAACAACUUAUCAAUGCAAAACAGAAUGGAUAUAAUAACAGUAAACAAGAUCAAGAAAGACAAAUCCUACCUAGUUCAACUACAUCUACAACAACCCAACAAGAUUUCAAUCAAGUAGAUGAAAACGUACCAUCUAAUGCAGAAGGACUUGGACAAAGUACAAGAGCAGAACGUAAAGCGAAACGAACGACCUUACCUAAUCGAAUCAAAGAUGAAAAUGAUUUAGGUAAACAGAAAGCAAGGAUCGCGAGUGGGAUGUUAGAUUUUGGAAACGGCAAUCAACCUCAUAGAAGACAUAGAUAUACUUCUAAUGAAGAAGAAGAGAUUGGAGAUGAACAGAUUGGAGAUGAAGUUGAAGAAGGAGGAGCUGAAGAGGUGGAUUUGGUUUCUCAUCCUGCACAUAGACAACUACAAGCUCCUUCUUCUAAACCUCUAUCUAAAUCCACAUCUCAGCAAAGUCGCUCUUCACAACAUGCACCAGUUGCUUCCUCAUCGUCUAAUCCAGCAACCGAAACUUUCCCACUAGGAAUGAGUAAAACAAGAACAGCAGCAUCAUUCAAUCCCACCAUUGCACUUUACGAAGCAUGUUAUCAAACUUUAUUAUCAGCUUUAGGAGCUACCUCACCAGAAGCCUUAAUGAAAUUACCGUUUUAUAAUGGUACAGGAGGCAGAGAAGAACGUGAAAGCCAAGAGAAUGAUCAACCACCUGGUGUCUUUAUUCAAUCUUGGGUAGAUUAUACUCAUAAGUAUGGUACGGCUUAUGCUCUGACUGAUGGAUCUUCUGGAUUAUAUUUUAACGAUGGUACUACUAUGGUUAUGGCACCAGAUCGAAAUCAUUUUGAUUAUAUUUUUAAUAGAACAGGUAUGAUUUAUCAAAGGAAGAAUUAUACAUUGAAACCUAAAAAUUAUCCAAUUGAAUUAUCUAGAAAAACAUAUUUAUUAGAAUAUUUUGAAGAUUAUAUGUUUCGUACACUUAAAAGGAAUGUGAAAUGGGCAUAUCGAGAUUUAAGUAGAACCAAACAUUUAGAUUUUGUGGUCAAGUAUUAUAGAAUGAAUAGUGCGAUUGUUUUUAAGAUGAGUAAUGAUUUAAUUCAGAUUAAUUUUUGGGAUCAUCAAAAAUUGUUAUUAACAGAUGAAGGACGAAAGAUUACAUUGAUUGAACCUGAUUUAAACUUAAAGAGCUAUUACAUUGGUGAAUUAUUUAAAGAAGCUUUCGAAUUAGGUUUAUUUAAAGCUAAGAAUAAGAAAAACAAAAAGAAAGAACUAGGUGAUGAGGAUGAAGAAGAGGAAAGAGAAAGGGAAAGAGAUGAUGAAGAUGUUGGGAAGAGUGAGGAAUGGAUUGCUCAUCGUGAUAAAAUUGCAUUUGUUUUAUCUAAGUUAGAGUUGUUCUGA